AGUGGGUGCGCGACGCAGAGAGAGACCAGGCGGGAAGCGGAUCCUUGGGCCGGACUCGGAGCGAAUUCCUAUUUGACCCUCACCUGGAGCCCGGGAUCCGGACGGGAACAGGCCGGGUUGAGCCGAGGGCGUCCGGCCCUGGAGGUAAAAGCCAGAGAUGGACCUGAUGAGACUUGCCCGGCUCUUCUCCAGCCCCCGCCCCCCGGGACUGUCCCUCCUGCAACACCUUGGCCCUCUCAGAGGCCGGUGGGCAGGAGGCAGAGAAGGGCCUGCGUGGCUGAAGUCCGUGAGGCUGACGGGGCCGGUCCCAGCAGCCUUCAGCAGCUCCCUCUCUCCGCUGCCCCUCAGCCCGGGCGGCCAGAAGAACAUACGCAGCCUCAGCUCUGACCCCAGCCAGCCCAGCCCCAGGCCCGCCCAGCAGGAAGAGGAGGAAGAGAGUUUUGGGACUCUCUCGGAUAAGUACUCCUCCCGGAGAAUGUUCCGCAAAUCGACGCCCCAGUUGUAUAACCUGCGGCUCAGGGAGCAAGACGAAGAAGAUGAUGAAAGGGAGCCGGAGCCAAAAUCGUGGCAGGGCCGAAGAAACACCCCUUACUGGUACUUCUUUCAGUGCAAACACCUGAUCAAGGAAGGGAAGCUGGUUGAGGCCCUGGACCUGUUUGAGAGGCAGAUGCUGAAGGAGGAGCGACUCCAGCCCCUUGAGUGCAACUACACGGUGCUGAUUGGGGGCUGUGGGCGGGCUGGCUACCUGAAGAAGGCUUUCCGGCUCUACAAUGAUAUGAAAAAGCGGGGCCUGGAGCCCUGCGAUGCCACCUAUACAGCCCUGUUCAAUGUCUGCGCCGAGUCCCCCUGGAAGGACUCCGCUCUGCAGAGUGCCCUAAAGCUACGGCAGCAGCUCCAGGCCCGAAACUUCCAGCUCAACUUGAAAACAUAUCACGCCUUGCUGAAGGUGACCGCCAAGUGUGCAGACAUCAGGAUGUGCCUUGAUGUGUUCAAGGAAAUUGUUCAAAAAGGACAUGCGGUCACAGAGGAGACCUUCAGUUACUUGCUCGUGAGCUGCAUCCAGGACAAGAAGACAGGCUUCCGAUAUGCCCUGCAGGUGUGGAGGCAGAUGCUGAGCCUGGGGCUCCGGCCAAGCCGGCAUGGCUACAACCUGCUGUUGGGGGCAGCUCGGGACUGCGGCCUGGGGGACCCAGCAGUAGCCUCCGCGCUGCUCCUGAGACCCAGGGAAGAGAUGGUGCUGCUCCAGCCCCGGGCAGGAGGGCGGCAGGCAAGGAGGAAAGCCCAGGCUGGGAUGGCUGACAGCAUGCCAGCCACGCUGCACGUGGACACCCUGGAGAGACAGCUGUUCCUGGAACCUUCUCAGGCACUUGAGAGGCCUCCAGAGCCUCAGGAGGCCAGAGUCCCCAGCAAAGCCCAGCCUGAGAUGGAAACCAAAGUGGAUCCUGACCACACCGUGGCCCUUGCCUCUGUGGUCUCAGAGCCGCCUCCCCGGGAGCUGGAGACUAACCUCCUGACCCUGGGGCCGGUCCCCCCGGCUGUGGUCUCCUUUGGGACCGUGACCACGUCGGCAGACAGGCUGGCUUUGAUGGGGGGCCUGGAGGGCUUCCUGGGCAAGAUGGCAGAGCACGGACUCCGGCCUGACAUCAAGACCCUCACGCUUCUGGCCGAGGUGGUAGAUCCUGGGAGCCCCGCAGAAUCCUCACUGCUGACUGUCCUGGACACAUACCAGGUGGAGGCCGAUGUGACAUUCUUCAACACUCUGAUGAGGAAGAAGAGCAAGCUGGGUGAUCUGGAGGGGGCAAAGGCACUGCUGCCAGUCCUGGCAAAGAGGAGAAUUGUCCCUAACGUCCAGACAUUCUGCAAUUUGGCCAUUGGGUGCCGUAAACCACAGGAUGGUCUGCAGUUGCUGGCAGACAUGAAGAAGUCCCAGAUGACCCCCAACACCCACAUCUACAGCACCCUCAUCAAUGCGGCCCUCAAGAAGCUGGACUACACUUAUCUCAUCAACAUCCUGAAGGACAUGAGGCAGAACAGAGUCCCAGUGAAUGAAGUCAUCAUCCGCCAACUGGAGUUUGCAGCCCAGUACCCACCCACCUUUGACCGGUACAAAGGGAAAAACACCUACUUGGAGAAGAUUGAUGGCUUUCGAGCUUAUUAUAAGCAGUGGCUGAAAAUGAUGCCCGCAGAGGAAGCCCCCCACCCAUGGCAGAAGUUCCGGACCAAGCCCAGCGGGGACCAAGCCCCUGUCUGUGAGGCUGAUGUGGACAGAGGCCAUGGGGGCAGGUGAUGAGGAGGCCCAGGGGAUCUCUAUCCAGCAGAACUGGCACAAAGUGCACAGCCUCACAGUGCUUUGUGGGAACUUCAGGAGUCCCUUUUGUAGUAAAGACACAUGAACAUGCUGGUGUAGCCUCAAGCAUGAGGACAAGGACUGGCCAGAGUAAGAAUUGCAGCAUUUUGUAUAAAGAUAAAUGCUGGGCCCAGGGUGCCUGACAGGAUCCCAGCAUGGGUUGGGCCACUUUGGCCCAUCAUCUCAGGCCAUCCUCACCUGAGGCUGUCUUCCCCAGUGAACUUGAUCAUGGUCACAUGAGGUGGUCAGGAUUGAGUCCCAGUGGCCCUGGUGCUCUCCCACUGGGCUCUGUAAAGAACUAUUGCAGGGCCUCAAGGUUUAAAAGUUUUAUUUCUACAAAUCACAGCUGAUGAACAUCAAAGCCUUCACACACAGAGACCAUGCUCCAACUCGGUCCUGUGGCACUGCUCUGCCAGAAGAGCUGCUAUCAGAAAGGGGGGGUGUCACGACAGGCAGAAACCUGAGAAGUCCAAAGUCCUGGGUGCAAAGGGGUCAGGGCCCAAGGGCCUCAGCCCGAGCAGCCCCGGCAGCCGCAGUGUGUGCACUCAAUGAUCCGGCCCUGCAACAGAAGACAGAGAGACACUGCACCCAACCAUAUGCCGCACCCCAACCCCCCACCACCCACACAUGUAGUCACUCGCUAUAGGGCACUCCUCAGAAACUCCUCUAUGACAGUUCUGGAUGACAAAAAUUCAGUUCCCGCGUGAAAAUGGAAACAGCUGCUGUUGACACUGAAGUUACAACUCAUUGUACUUUUAAUUUAAGCUAAUUAAACACAUUUGGG